AUGGCGUCAUAUGGAGCACCCAAAGUCUAUCGAGCGACGAACCUCCCGCACCAUGUGGAUCGCCUAGCAGCGGCUGAGUUGCUCGUACGGUGUAACCCGGGUAUUACCCUUGAAGACACCCAGAUAGAGUCUAUUGCUCCUGUUGUUGAUCCGUGGGUGAGCGAGCUCACAAAGGUAGCUACCUUGAGGUUCAAAUCUGCACCGGUGGCUCUUCAAGGGCCUGGUCGCAUGGAAUGGUCCUUCCCGAUCCUGGGCUCCCUUCGUUCGAUCACCCUGGACAUCCACUUCCACGGUCUCACUCCGUUGAACGAGCUGUAUCGUGAUAUCCGGCCUGGCAAGCCACCCGAUGGGAUCCUGGCAGCCAUGGGGCGAUUAUCUUUCAUGUGGAUACGUGAUGCUCUACCCAGCCGACUCCCCGGUGUUAGAUUUAUUAUUUACGGCUAUGAUACAGCCCUAUCCGGGAGCAAAUCUUUCCAGGUUGUGCCAGACAUAGCGGGGUCCUUGAUAUCGGAGCUAAAAGCUAAUGGCUGGGCUGCUCCGGCUGCCAAGCCUAUUAUAUUCCUUGCCCAUAGUCUUGGAGGCGUAGUCUUGAAGCAGAGCAUGGUCAUGUUGGCGGGGAGUGGAGUCAGGGAAAGAGAAAUUAUCCGCAACAUCAAAGGCGCCAUAUUUUUCGGAGUUCCGACCGUGGGAAUGACAGUGCCUGACAUCUACGAGAUGCUCGAGGACCAGCCGAACACGGCCCUCCUGGAUGAUCUUUCCAAUCGUUCAAACUAUAUCCCGACGCUGGAGAAACAGUUUGAUGGAAUCUCUUAUACUCGAGAUAUGGUGCUCUUUUGGGCGUACGAAACACAAGCAUCGCCAGUUUAUCUUGGAGGUUGGAAGCGAUCCGGCCCAGACACGGUCAUGGUCUCACCGGAGUCUGCCACUGGCGGCCGGCAUGGAAUCUCCCCGGAGCGCCUUCUCCAGAUAGACGCCGAUCACUCGAACAUGGUCAAGUUUAAGCCUGGGGACCGGCUAAUACCUAUAAUGGCAGACAAAAUCAGAGAAAUCAUUGAUAAUGCUAUGAUUUAUGCAUCUGCAAAGACACUGGCCGGAUGA